UGUCUCGCAAUCUCAUUGGCCAUAUUAUUCUGCGUGCACACAGAUGUCGACAUGCUGACCGUGGCCAAGUUUAUAAACCUGAUUCCGGCGCCGGUGCGGCUGUGGUGGUUCGGGCCGUACAUCAGCGAGACGAGUCUGAACAAGAUGACGGUGAUGGACUUCAUCCGGGACGACCGAUCGUCGUUCGACCUGGUGCUGUUCGAAAACUUCUUUCACGAGUGUUUCGCCGCCAUCGGCCACAAGUAUGGUGCCCCGGUGGUGCAGCUACUGCCGUCCUCGACGGAUGCGCGUGUGUCGCAGUGGCACGCCAACCCGUACGGGCCGGCCUACCUGCCGGACAUGGCCAGUCGGUACGCGUCCAACAUGUCGUUCGCGCAGCGCACCGCCAACGCCGCGGCCGCGUUCUUCUACACCGUGGCCAACCGCGCGUUCUACCUGCCCAGACACCGGCAGCUGGCCAACCGGUACUUCGUGUACCCGGGGCACGAGCACCGGCCCGACCUGACCGACAUGCUGCGCAACAUAUCGCUGACGUUGAUCAACAGCCACCCGGUGAUCGGAUCGCCCGCUCCCAUGGUGCCCACCUACAUCAAUGUGGCCGGAAUGCACUGCGUACCGUCCUCGCAACUGCCCCAAGAUCUGAAACGGAUCAUGGACGAUUCCGAUCGGGGCGUUGUGUACUUCAGCUUGGGAUCGGUGGUGAAAUCGUCCAAAAUGCCCAACGAAACGGUGGCGCUAUUGCUGUCUGAACUGUCGAAAAUCGAACAGACUGUGUUGUGGAAGUGGGAAGCGGAACAGAUCCCGCAACUGCCGAAGAACGUUAUCGUUCGAAAAUGGUUCCCGCAGAACGACAUAUUGGGUCAUCCGAACUGUAAACUGUUCAUUACACACGGUGGAGUUCACAGCACCAUCGAGUCCAUCUACCACGGCGUGCCGAUGUUAGCCAUACCUGUUUUCGGCGAUCAGCUGGGCAAUUCGCUGCGGGCUCAGUACCGCGGUUUGGCUAUACAAGUUCCAUACUUUGAUUUGACACACAUGGCGUUUGGCAGUGCUUUGUACAAGCUUCUUAAUGACCCCACGUACGGGGAAAACGCUCGAAAUACGUCAGCUAAGUUUAAAGAUAACCCGUUACCGCCGCUGGAGAACGCUAUCUAUUGGAUUGAAUAUGUCCUCCGAUACGGCGGAACAGCGCAUUUGCGGACGGCCGCCAACGACCUCUACUGGUUCCAGUAUCUUCUGUUAGAUGUUCUGUUGUUGGUAUUGUGCAUGACCCUUGUGUCAUUAUGGGCAACCAAAAAAAUGCUCGUGUUUACGGUCAACAGAUGGUUUUGUCGUGGAGCACGAGAUAAAUUGUUGGUUGAGAAAAAGAAACAGUAAUGAUAUCGCUGACCGCACGACAGCAGCAGCGACCCGAUGAUAUAAUAAUAUACUUAAGAUAUAAUGAUACAAUAGUAUCAUUAUAUCCUAAGUAUUUUCAAUACUCACAAUAAGCAUUUAUCCCGGGAAGAAAUAAUUUAUAACGCGCUCUGCUGGUCGAUAGACCGCUGCGCCGCGGAUCAGAAUGCAACAGCACUCUUGAAAUCAAUUGAUCUUAUUAUUAUAAUUUUGCCAAAUUACAGCAGCCACAAUCCAGAUGAGUUUGCUUAGUAAACUAUUAUUGUGAUAAAAUACUGUUGUUGUAAGUCGAGAUGGUUCACUAAUUACUUGAUAUCACAUAUUUAAUGAUUCAGUCUCCUAUACUAAAUAAUAAAAUAUUAUCAUCGUUAUAUCUUACACAUUAACAAUUAUGAGCUAUUGCCUUAGUGUUGUUUAUUAUGUAAAGAUUAAGUGCAGAUUAUAAUUAAUUAUAACAACCAAUUUAUUUUUCAAUAUCAAUCAUUUUAUAUUUGUUACUGUUUAGGAUAAAUUGUGUUAUUUGUAUGAAUUGUGAACCGAUGUGACUUUAAUGUCUUUAUUUUUCAACCCAUAUUUUAUUUUUGAUAUUUAAUCUAUAGUAGAUUAAUUAUUUUUUUAUGUUUAUGUAUUUACUAUGAAAAUGUAGAUGUCCUAUCGAUUAACAUAUUUAAUUCGUAAAGAUGGC